AUGAAUCGAUUAUUUGGCAAAGGCAAACCUAAAGAACCAGGUCCGAGUAUCAAUGACUGCAUAGCAGGGGUAGAUACGAGAGCUGAAAAUGUCGAAAAGAAAAUCAACAUUCUCGAAAACGACCUGCGAAAAUUCAGAGAUCAAAUGUCGAAAAUGCGCGAAGGCCCGGCGAAAAACGCCGUCAAAGCGAAAGCCCUACGUAUACUCAAGCAAAAGAAAAUGUACGAAAAUCAACUGGAGAAUUUAAGGGGCCAGUCUUUCAACAUGGAGCAAGCCAACUUUGCUCAUCAAACCAUCAAAGACACUCAAGCCACUGUUGUAGCCAUGAAGGACGGAAUGAAAGCAAUGAAAAAAGAAUUCAAAAAAAUCAACAUUGAAGACAUUGAUGAUGUCCAAGAUGAUUUAGCUGACAUGCUAGAUCAAGCUGAUGAAGUCCAAGAAGCUUUAGGCAGGAGCUACAAUACUCCUGAAGUUGAUGAUGAUGAAUUGGCAGCUGAAUUAGACGCUCUCGGUGAUGAAAUCGCUUUAGAUGAUGAUCAGAGCUAUUUGGAUGAUAUUGGUAAAGCACCUGAGGCUCCACUCAAUAAACCUGAAGCUAUUGGUGCUAGAACAAAUAAGGAUGGAGUACAAGUUGAUGAAUUUGGCUUGCCGCAAUUACCAAGUAACCAUUAA